UGACACGGAGCCGCGGUGUUCUGCGUCAUAACGCAUCUAGGAAUCUCGUCUUCCACACCGUUAUUAAUAGACUUACGUACACUUUUCUGCAGGUAGGCUGUCUUGUUAAUACCAUGUGGACAGUAUCUGUAGCCAGGAGGCUGUUGAGAUUUAACCCGCGUUUAUCCAACGGACGCGCCGCCACCGCCGCGCCCGGGGACUUUACGUGCAACAUGGUCGGAAGCAAAGUUCUCUUCAGCAGCUGUGCUCGACCUUUAAGGUCUGAGGAGAGGGUGAUGGUCCACUUUAUCAGCUGCAAUGGUGAGAAGAUAACCACAUCAGGGGCCACAGGAGACAGCCUGCUGGACGUAGUGGUGAAUCAGAAACUAGAUAUCCCCGGUUUUGGUGCAUGUGAGGGGACCCUGGCAUGCUCCACGUGUCAUGUGAUCUUAGAGCAGGGAGUGUACGACCAGCUGGGACACAUUGUUGAUGAAGAACUUGACAUGUUGGACCUGGCCUAUGGACUCACUGACACUUCCCGUCUAGGUUGCCAGGUCUGCCUGUCCAAGUCCCUGGAUGGCUUGACACUACAGGUGCCCGAAGGGGUCAAUGAUAUGAGACAUGCCGACGACACCGGCUCCACCAGCUCCCCAUGAGAGCAUGUGCCUUUACCUUUCUCUUCACAAUUUCUCUCUUUUUCCCCUCCUUUCUCUCCGUCCUUAUUUCUCCCUCUUCUUUUGCUGUCUCUACCUCUCUCUCUCUCUGGCCUCGAUUAUCUACUUAUACAUUGGUCACAUACAGAUGGGUGACAAAUUAAAGGAAAAACAUGAGGGGGGCAUCCGGGUAAUGUAGUGGUCUAUUCCGUUGCCUACCAACACGGGGAUUGGCGAUUCGAAUCCCCGUGUUACCUCCGGCUUGGUAGGGUGUCCCUACCGACACAAUCGGCCGGGUCUGCGGGUGGGAAGCCAGAUGUCGGUAUGUGUCCUGGUCGCUGCACAGGGGGGAGGGAGGAACUGGGGGGAAUAGUGGGAUCCUCUCACGCGCUACAUCCCCCUGACAAAACUCCUCACUGUCAGGGGAAAAAAAGCGGCUGGCAACUCCACAUGUAUCGGAGGAGGCAUGUGGUAGUCUGCAGCCCUCACCAGAUUGGCAGAGAGGGUGGAGCAGUGACUGGGAUGGCUCGGAAGAGUGGGGUAAUUGGCCAAGUACA